GACGUACUUUAUUCAUUUUUAAAUGUUAAUAGAAGAUUCGAUAAACUAGUACGUGAUAAGAUUUAUACUCGUUCGAUUGAAUUGAUUAAAAACAAUUGUGAAGACGAAGAUAAUUGUUCAUUAUCUGAUCAAAUAUUAGAUCGUUUUUGUUUUGAUUUAUUACCUCAAAUACAUAAUAUUAUUGAGCAAUUCAUUCUGGAAUCAUUUUCCAUGGAAAGAAUUCUUUACGCUGGUAAUUAUCCGCAAUUAUGUCAACUUACUCUUGUUAAUUUCGCACAAGAGUUAGCAAUAAGAGUUUUGGCAGACGAAUCUUAUUUUGCUCAUAUUUUCAAAAGCCAAAUCACGCAUCUUGUUGUCUUGAUCGAUUAUACUGAAUCAAGAUCAUAUGACGACUUAAGAAUAAAUGUAUUUCAGCGUAUUUUUUCUCUGUUGACAACUCUAACAGAUUUGGAUUUUGGACAAUGCUCUAGGUCCCUUCAUCCAGUAUUGACAUUCAAUAAUUCAUCUGCAGAUGAGUGUUUUUCGUCAACUAUUGUGAAUUUACGUAUCAAUGUACGCACAUUCGACGAUUGUCAAUGUCUUCUUGAUGGACGCCUUAGUCAACUACGUACAUUUAUUGUGAGAAUUGAUUUUAUUUCCAACUCAAAAUUAUCUGUCAAUAAUACAGAUAUUUUACACCUCGAAUGUUUCUCACUAACUUCAUAUAAUCAAACUCUUGAUUAUGAUAGUCAUGUUGUGCCGCUUCUUCGUCGAAUGAGAUAUCUUCAACAACUUACAUUAUAUGCCAUUGUUACCAAUCGAUCGACAUUUAUUGAUGGUAUUCAUCUCAGUAAUGAGAUUCUAGAUCAUAUACCUCAACUUCAAACAUUCAACUUCAAUAUAAUUACUUAUACUUAUGCUAAUAAUCAAUUGUAUGAAAACAUUAAAUGCACAUUUCCCAACGGGAAAUUCAGUCAGGUUGAUUUUUACUUAGAUCAAUAUCCAAAUGGAGAGGCUCGAUCUCACAUCUACUCACUUCCAUACAAAAUGAAUGUCAUGCAUGAUAUUAGUAGUAACUUUCCUGGAGGUCUAUUUACCAAUGUUCAUGUUAUAUGGUUGGCGGAUAUUUUUUGUCCAUUUGAACAUAAAUUCUAUGAUCGAAUUGCUCGUUCUUUUCCGUUUCUAACUGAGCUAACUGUUAUUAACUAUAUACCACGAAAUUAUAAACCAUUACAGGAAGCAAACAACAAUAAUCAAGUAUCAU